AUGAAUCACUGGUAUUUCAUCGGAAUAAUCGCAUUUCUCGUGGGCGCCACGUUUUCGCGUUGUUCUGGCUCAAAUUGUGAUAAAUUUUCUUGCGUGUCAGGUAUCAUUUUGUCAAUUUUUCGUAUGUAAGCCUCACAUGUGUGCAUAAUCAAGUAGGGAGAGUAAUGAAAAGGCAAAAAUGUUCUAUUGACAAAUACAUAUUUCUAUUCAUAUCAAAAAUUAAGAAAGUUCACACGUAAUCUAGUUCUUGCCAACGUCAUAGCCCACAAUUUUUAAAGGUUCUUCAGACGGAAGUGUCAUAGUUCUCUAGAUGCAAAAAGUUCAGAAAUUGGGGCGGUGGGAGGGAUGGCGAAAGGUUCAUUUCUUCACGCUCUUUUGACUCUCAUGCAUAAAUAACUUUCUGAAUUUCGGAGUACGUCCGGAGAACCAGAUUUGGCAAUGAAAACAGCUGGAAUGUAAGAAAUCUAAUAUUUGUUCUAGCAGCGUGAUUUUUUUAUGCGGGAAAGUGGAAGUUCUUUUAGAGAAACAGUUGUCGUUGAGUAUUUCUUAUUAUGUUUGGCAGAGAUACGUCUAAAAUAGUUUGAGUUGCAAAAUAAUCAGGAAAACACGCAGAGCUAUAAAAUAUGCUGAAUUUAUACAUCGAAACUUUCAGAUUUCUACGUGCACCGCCCGCUGGACUCAUUUCUCCGCCCUGGCUCUACAUUCCACUCGCCAUGUUCCUGUGCGCCAGAUUGGAACACAGUUUUCUGCAAUCAAACGUUGACCGCUCUGCACGACAAGAUUCUGCCGUAUCCAACAGUUUGUGUGUGUCGUGAAUUCCGUGACAACGGUCCAAAGUGCUCACAGUUUAUGGUCAGAUGCUUCGAACGUAAAAACAAUGAGUAAGUUUCCUACGUCGAACUUUACGCAUCACUAAAUCACUAUUUUCAGGUGUUCGUGUUGUUUCAAUCAGCCAAAUGAAUGGUGCAAUAAACUCAAGUGCAAAAAUCGUGAGCCUGACUUCUCGUAAGUCAUCCGUUUCUCUUCCACCCACCCGCCAAAAGUUAAUUAAUUCAAAAAUUUCGACAUUGCAGUGGUGCGAAUACAACUUGCGUGUGUCAUCACAACACUGCGGAUUAUCCUUAUGAUGUAUGCAAAAAUUUGUACCCAAGGGACAGCAAUUUUGCGAAUCGGCAAGCGAUUCUGAGCAAAAACGAGGAGAAGGUUCAGGGAAGGGUUGAGGUGAGCAUUGAUUCAAUUAUCGAACGGAAAGAACUUAUAAAAAAGUUCUCAAUGAACAUUCUCUUUGAUUUUCUAAACGUUUUGAGUGUUUCAAGUAUAGAAACAGAAAUGGAAAUUCCACGUUUGAAAGUAUUUUUCCAACUGGCCCAGCUGUUUCCAUGAGCGUUGCCGUAAAAUGAAUCAAAGAAGAAUGUGCAUGAAACUUUAUGCCCCACCGUUACGAAGCGGAUAUGCUAACUUUUACCUUAUUCAACUUUUUCAGUACGUCGAACUUCUUGGCAGAAGGAUAUCGACCUCCGCAGUGAGCUACAUCAUCGUAGGCCUUCUGCUUUCGGUGUCCGUUUUAACCCUCGUGAUGCUUCUUUACGGUGGAAAACGUCUCCGACAAAAAAGAAGCGAACGACAACGUCAAAUCCGGCUAGCUCGAGAAACUUUAAUACUUCAAAGAGCAGACGAUGAUCGAUAUUUGCCGUCCGCUUAGAUUUUUGCUGUAUAUAAUUACCUCGUUCAACUUUUCAAGUAGUUUUUGUCAAAUGGGAUCAUCAGCGGAUGUUUUUUUUCCGUUUUUUACGUUGUUGAAUUGUAUUUUUGACGUAAAAACGGAAAAAGAAACGUCGAAUAACCCCAUAAUAUCAGAAUAUCAAAACUUGCUCAUGUUUGUGUACGUCGCCUAUUGGACCACUAGACAGUCUAUGGAUCUCUUUUUCAUAACAAUUCCCUUUGAAAUCACUUACAUUUUAUUUCUAAUUUAUGUGAAUAAUCUUAUUCGAUUUUUGAGUUAACGGGUCGUUUUCUUUUCAAAAUGUUGUCUUCUAUCUGUAUAUAAACUUUCACAAAACAAACGGCAUGGCACGCAACAGGUACACUGCGCCCAAUAAGUAUAGGACCCCCCUCAGUUUUGGGUGUUCCGAGAAAACUAAAAGAGAUAUCAAAAAUCUGCAAGCGCCAUUCGAUUUGGAAUACAAAAUAACCCCCGGACCCAAAUUUUUACAAUCUGAAAACUAUUUGUACCCGCCCACCAUCAAAAAGUCACUUUUUCCACCGCCCAAUAAGUAUAGGACCCCCUCACAAUUUUGACGGAUUUUGGUAAAUUGAAGGGAAUUCAGCCAUUUUUCCAUAUUAUUAUUAUAAUUGUUGUUUUUUUAUUGUUUUCAUAUUAUUUCGACUUUAUUUCCCAACUUUCUAUCAUUUUCUGAUUGGAUGAUGAAGGAUCUUUGAAUAAAUCUGUGAAAAAUGGAUUUUUUUAAAAGUAAACAUUUUUUUAUUCAACAAAAAUCAAACGAUAACAGGGAAAAAAUUAAUAACUGGUCUUGCCUCCGUUCUUCUGAAUGACUUGGAAAAGUCGAUUUGGCAUGCUCGAUACCAGAUUCUUCAAUUCCGCGGCUGUGACCAAAUUCCACUUGAUAAGAAGGGCAUCUUUCAGAUCAUGGACACUGGCAUACUGUUUGCCAUGGCGGUAGACACGACGAACCAACAAUCCCCAAACGUUCUCAACUGGAUUGAGGUCUGGGCUACACGCCGGCCAUUGCAGAACCUUGAUUCCUUUCGCAGCGAGCCAGUCUUGUGUCGAAAUGCUUUACAUUCUCCCAUUUAGUAGCAAGGUUUCUUCUUGCAAAAUCCAUUCUCCUUGUUUUGUGUUGAUCCGUCAAUCUUGGAACCUUCUGCAUUGUCUGACGAACAAUGACACCACUGCGAUUGAUAACGUUGAGAACAGUACUCUUGCAGACAAGGAACCUUGCUACUAAAUGGGAGAAUGUAAAGCAUUUCGACACAAGACUGGCUCGCUGCGAAAGGAAUCAAGGUUCUGCAAUGGCCGGCGUGUAGCCCAGACCUCAAUCCAGUUGAGAACGUUUGGGGAUUGUUGGUUCGUCGUGUCUACCGCCAUAGCAAACAGUAUGCCAGUGUCCAUGAUCUGAAAGAUGCCCUUCUUAUCAAGUGGAAUUUGGUCACAGCCGCGGAAUUGAAGAAUCUGGUAUCGAGCAUGCCAAAUCGACUUUUCCAAGUCAUUCAGAAGAACGGAGGCAAGACCAGUUAUUAAUUUUUUUCCCUGUUAUCGUUUGAUUUUGUUGAAUAAAAAAAUGUUUACUUUUAAAAAAAUCCAUUUUUCACAGAUUUAUUCAAAGAUCCUUCAUCAUCCAAUCAGAAAAAUGAUAGAAAGUUGGGAAAUAAAGUCGAAAUAAUAUGAAAACAAUAAAAAAACAACAAUUAUAAUAAUAAUAUGGAAAAAAUGGCUGAAUUCCCUUCAAUUUACCAAAAUCCGUCAAAAAUUGUGAGGGGGUCCUAUACUUAUUGGGCGGUGGAAAAAGUGACUUUUUGAUGGUGGACGGGUACAAAUAGUUUUCAGAUUGUAAAAAUUUGGGUCCGGGGGUUAUUUUGUAUUCCAAAUCGAAUGGCGCUUGCAGAUUUUUGAUAUCUCUUUUAGUUUUCUCGGAACACCCAAAACUGAGGGGGGUCCUAUACUUAUUGGGCGCAGUGUAUAACAUUGGACAUGGCCAUCGGACAUUCAGUCUUCUCCCAAAAUUACGGUAAUCUCAAAGUGGCUCAUUUCAUUGAAAAGUAACUCGAUAUCAUCCACAACUGGUCCUCAACCAGUCAACUUCCUCUCGCUCUUUCUAAAACCACACUUCUCCAUAUUGGAUCGGUUCCACGCCAAUUAUGCCGUCCUCCUCCGCCCUCGAUCUCCGCCUUCUCACCGAUCCUUCUCUAAAAUUUGAACUCCAUAUAAGCCAGAAAGUAGCUUUAUCUCUUCUCCGCUCCAAACAGAUCCUUAAAUCAUUUAGAUCCUCUAAUCCUGCCUUCUAUUCCGCACUCUUCAAAACCUACGUUCUUCCCAUCCUAAAAUACUGCUCCCCCCCACGCCUUCUCCGAUACUUUUCCAAAAUAACUCUUCAACGUUGAAAUAUCUCCUACUCAUCCUACCAACACCGCCUUGACCGUCUCAACUUGCCCUCCAUUACACACCGCCGCAUCAAAUUUCAAUUGCUUCGCCAAUCUCAACUCAUUCAUUGCUCCUUCUUCCUGCUCUCGUCGUCCCAUGUUAAUCCUAUGUCUUAAUCCUUAUCAAAAUUAUUUCUUCUCUUGUACUGUUCCAAUCUGGAACUCUAUCGUGCAAAACACAAAUGGUUUUCUGUGUGAAAGUAAAUAUGAAUCUCUGAUUGACGCGUCAAUUUCCUUCAUCUCAGGAGUGCAGGUUCAUCCGCUUCUGACGCUUUAGAGUUUUGUCCCUAAUUAAUGAUCAAGAUGAGUACACCGCUGGUCAAGGGAAAAAAAGAGAAACUCCACAAAAAGUUCUACCGCACACGCUACAUCUUUAUAGAUAAAGUGUCCAUGUUCUCCAGGAAGCUCUGGACGUGAAAGAACCGUUUGGGGAUCUUUCGGUGUUCCUAUUUGGAAACCUCUAUCAACUUGCUGGAAGGGGAGUUCCUGUGUCCUCGGGUACGUUGUCUGCAAAAGUAAAAGUAAUCUUCAAAUUUUCAGAUCUCCCACCGACUCAUAUGGCUGUCUGGCGUGCCACUUCUCCAGCAAAUACGGACACUCUCUGGAAGCUGUUCAGUGUGUACGAGUUCUAA